AUGAACUUGACCAAUAAAGAUAACAAAGUUUUUUCAUCGAAAAAAAAGUACAAAAUCGUCAGGGAAUGGCUCCAGAAGCACAUGCGAGAAGCGAUAUCAGGACAGAAGUUGCAGGAUACAGAAGAAAACACAAGCGCACAGCGAAAGACAGCACCCGAGCGGUCAUGCACAAAAUCAACAUCUGUGAACGUAUAUAGGAUAGAUGUGGUUUUCCUUACACCAAAAACACCAGUUGAUAGCGGACGUGUCUCAUCUCGGCCACCGAUCUUGCCUCCAAUCCAUCCGACACGACCAGACUCGAGCGUCUUUCGGAAUGUCAAUGCAUGGCUGGAAGCGAGCGUAAACGCACCAUCACCGCCGCUCAUGGCUGGGAUUUCAUACUGGAAAGAGGCAACAAUUCCCAAUGCCAAAGGCUCAGCAGUCGUUCAAUAUGCUGUGCCACUAUCUGUAGCCUUGGGCGUAGCCAGGCCAACAACAGCUACAAGACAACGGACACCGUGUUUCCGACGGUCAGCUAGAAAAGUGCAAGUUCAGAUGCCUUCAAUACUACGUAAAAAGUCUGUGCAUCUGCCGGGCAAGAAGCGGAGGAGAAGACAAUCAGUAUGCAUAACUCCUCUGUCUAUUUCCUACCCGAAUGUCCAAGAAGAUACCACUCCUAUGCUCAUAACACGGUCGAAAUCCUUCCUCAAACCUUUAAUACCGCCAACGAGACAGCAAAAAUCGGCGCGUCAUGGGCUAUUGAUAUCUGUUAGCGAUUCACGAGAGUGUGUUCCUCCUCGACAUGGCACACUCAACAGUGCAAGAUUCGGUGACGUGGAAAAUGACACUGAGCGACAUGCCCACAGGACUUUUAUGCGCACAGGGCGAGACACAGACAUUACAAGGCCGUCUACAGCAUUAGCAGGCCUUGUUUGCGAAGACUCCGUGGGGGAUUUGUCCGAUGCCCCUACAUACUCCUCCGGCCCACCGCCCCCGUCAUACCGGUCGCGCCGCGAGUCGAUGCUUACUACAUCGUCUUUCGGCUGCAUUGACGGAAUGAACCCGGCGCAGCGUCAGGUCAGCCAGCAGCGAGCAGCAUUACAAAAGGGGAUGGGAUGCAAGUUGAAGAGGCUUGUUCAAAACUUUGGGAUUUGA